CAACACAUUCCCAGCGCCACAGCAGAGCCCAGCCUGUAAUGAGAUUCAGCGAACUGCACGAGAGCGUCGUACCUGGAUAAACGAGCCGAGGACCGUGUCAACCACCCGAUAAAGUCCCGAUUGGAUACGGACAGAAAAGAGUCCAGUCGGUGUUAACCGGAGAAAAUAAAGAAACAACAUUAAAAGUAAGUUUAUAAGAACAACCGAGAGGAUUUACCAAGUGGACACGAGACGCGAGUGGCACCGUGGCAGAUGUAACAUGACAUCAACAAAUGUUGAUUGAACAGCUGGGAUGUUAAUGGAAUGAUGAAACGGUAUCACAGUAGGGAGUGACUUCAGAGCCAGACAGGAAUGGCUUGAUUUCUCACCCGGGCGAGCGGUGGGACAUUACUGUCUUCAUGUUUCUGUGGAAGAGAAGGAAAGUUUGCUGCGCUCCACUCGGAUACAAGUCUACUUUUUGAGAGGAACUGCUUCUGCUGUGACUAUUUCUUACCCCAGUAGCAGAGCCCGUGUUUUGGUGUUGGGUCAUAACUGUUUAAAAUGUCUAAACCCGUGCUAAAGAAAAACCACUGGACCUCCAGAGUGAACGAGUGCUCCGUCUCCAAAGAUGCCCGCGGUGACUUGAAUGUGCCACUGCGCGGCGGCGCGGAGAACGGGGAGUUCGCCUACAUUGGGCAAGUUAACGAGGAUGUGGUGCUUUACAAAAUGGGAAAAUUAAGUGAAGGAGAACUCCUGCUGGAGGUGGAAAACCUAUCGAUUUCGGGAUUACCCUUGUACGACAUACAGACCGUGAUAAAGAACUGCAAAGGUGCCGUCAGGUUGAAAACUGUCAGACAAGGAAGUAAGCUGAACAAGGACCUGAAGCAUUACCUGAGCCAGCGCUUCCAGAAAUCUUCGGCCGACCAUGAACUGCAGCAGACCAUUCGAGACAACCUCUACCGCCACGCUGUGCCUUGUACAACCCGCGGCCCACGUGACGGAGAAGUUCCUGGCGUGGACUACAACUUCCUCUCUGUAGAGGAGUUCCUGGAGUUGGAGAAGAGUGGGACCCUUUUGGAGAUUGGAACGUAUGAUGGUAACUAUUAUGGGACGCCCAAGCCACCGGUGCAGCCCCCCGGUGGGAAAGUGAUUAGCAGUAGCGGUAGCGGCGGUGAUGCCCCACUGCCAGACGGGCUCAGCGGAAGCCUUCCGGGCUCUGAGCACUCCACUCCCCGACGCUCCAAGUCCUACAAUGACAUGCAAAAUGCUGGAAUAGGGCCUGGAGAGCAGCAGCAGGAGGACGACGAGGACCUCCCGGACAUGAACAGUAGCUUUACAGGAGAUUCUAGUGAAUUCGACGAGAUUCCUCACUCAGUGCGCCCCUUCGCCCCCCACAAGAGUGACCCGCCCUACAUUGGGAGAACCCCCUCACCAUCGGCCACCACGGAGAGCACUCAGCAGUCAAACUCUAACCUGAGCCAUCCUCCCCCGGAGGACCCUCUGGGACCUCUGCCUGACAACUGGGAGAUGGCCUACACCGAGAACGGAGAGGUCUACUAUAUAGACCACAAUACAAAGACCACCUCCUGGAUAGACCCUCGGUGCCUGGACAAGCCUCAGAAACCCCUGGAAGAAUGUGAAGACGAUGAAGGGGUACACACAGAGGAGCUGGAUAACGACUUAGAACUUCCACCAGGAUGGGAGAAAAUCGACGAUCCAGUGUAUGGGGUCUACUAUGUUGAUCAUAUCAACAGGAAGACCCAGUAUGAGAACCCCAUGUUGGAGGCUAAGAGGCGCAGGCAGCUGGAACAGCAGCCUCAGCAGCCUCAGCCCCAAAGCCAGCAGCCACCUGAAGAAUGGAUCGAGGACUCGGUGUUGGCAGGGGCCCCGCUGGCCAACUAUGCUGCCAACCACCAGGAGACCUACAGGGACCCCCAAACAGGACCUCCAAUGCCCAACGCCGUGGGACAGAAGCGAGGGAAGCCUUUCUUUACUCGGAACCGAUCCGAGCUGAAGGGGACUUUCAUCAACACCAAGCUGAAAAAGAGUCGCCGGGGGUUCGGCUUCACCGUUGUUGGAGGGGACGAGCCAGACGAGUUCCUGCAGAUCAAGAGCCUAGUCCUAGAUGGACCUGCCGCCCUGGAUGGCAAAAUGGAGACAGGCGAUGUGAUCGUCAGUGUCAAUGACAUCUGUGUGCUCGGCUACACUCACGCCCAAGUUGUGAAGAUCUUCCAGUCCAUCCCUAUCGGCUCCAUGGUGAACUUGGAGCUGUGCCGCGGUUACCCGCUGCCCUUUGACCCCGAUGACCCCAACACUAGCCUGGUCACCUCAGUGGCUAUUAUCGACAACAAAGACCCCAUCAUCGUCAACGGUCAGGAGGCCUCCAACAGCUACGACUCGCCGUCCAGCCAUGGAAGUCAGAACAACAAUAACGGCUCGUCCAACGGAGGGGCGCCCCUCAACGGCCUCCCCCGACCCUACAGCCCCUCCGGGGAGAUGGCCUCCGAUACCUCUUCCCAUCAAGGCUACCCCAGCGACGUGGUCACCCUGGCCUCAUCCAUCGCCACGCAACCAGAGCUGAUCACUGUACACAUGGAGAAAGGAGACAAGGGCUUCGGCUUCACCAUCGCCGACAGUCCAGGAGGCGGAGGGCAGAGGGUGAAGCAGAUCGUGGAUUACCCGCGCUGCCGCGGCCUCAAGGAGGGCGACAUCAUUGUGGAGGUGAACAAGAGGAACGUGCAGACCAUGUCUCACAACCAGGUGGUGGACAUGCUCAGCAAGUGUCCCAAAGGCAGUGAGGUCACCAUGCUGGUGCAGAGAGGGGUGGCACCUGCAAAGAAGAGCCCGAAACUGGAUCGUAUGGAGCUGGCUCCUCCAUACAGAGAUUACACUAGGAUGCAAUUGUCGAGAAAAGACAGUCAGAACAGCUCCCAGCAUAGCGUUUCCAGCCACCGGAGCGCCCACACAGACUCGCCUGUGCACCCGUCCCUGGUGGCCCCUCUCAACGAGAGCAUCGCCCCACCGCCCCCAUCUCAGCCCCUGCCGGGUCUGCCGCCCCAGGACUCCCCGGCAGACGGGACCAUCCAAAGAAAACCGGACCCCUUUAAGAUCUGGGCCCAGUCCAGGAGCAUGUAUGAAAGUAGGCUUCCAGACUUCCAAGAGCAGGACAUUUUCCUGUGGAGGAAGGACACAGGGUUCGGCUUCAGGAUCCUCGGAGGCAACGAGCCCGGGGAGCCGAUCUACAUCGGCCACAUAGUGAAGUAUGGUGCGGCAGAUGAAGACGGGCGCCUGCGGUCCGGCGAUGAACUGACAUGCGUGGACGGCACCGCAGUCGUCGGCAAGUCGCACCAGCUGGUGGUGCAACUGAUGCAGCAGGCGGCCAAGCAGGGCCACGUCAACCUCACCGUGCGACGCAAAGCCACCUACGCGGUUAAAGCAGAAGGAGACGUGCCACCAUCGCCGGCAUCCUCCCACCACAGCAGCAACCAGGGACCCAGCCUGACUGAGGAGAUCGGGAAGCGCACCCCGCAGGGCAGCCAGAACUCGCUGAACACCGUCAGCUCCGGCAGCGGCUCCACCUCCGGCAUCGGCAGCGGGGGAGGCGGCGGAGGGGCAGGAGGCAGCGGUAACGCCGUCAUCUCCGCGGCUGCAGCCACCACCAACUCCUCCCAGCCCCCCAACGCCAUGUCCAACGCCCCUUCCACCUUGCAGCCCUACGACGUUGAGAUCCGCCGUGGCGAGAGCGAAGGAUUCGGGUUCGUCAUCGUGUCUUCUGUGUCGCGGCCCGAAGCUGGCACCACCUUCGCUGGCAAUGCAUGUGUGGCCAUGCCCCACAAAAUAGGGCGCAUCAUCGAGGGGAGCCCUGCGGACCGCUGUGGGAAGCUGAAGGUCGGCGACCGCAUCCUGGCCGUGAACUCGUGCUCCAUCACCAACAAGUCCCACUCGGACAUCGUCAACCUCAUCAAGGAGGCCGGGAACACCGUCACGCUACGCAUCAUCCCCGGAGACGAGUCAUCAAAUGCAUCUUUGUUGACCAAUGCGGAGAAGAUCGCCACUAUUACCACCACUCACACACCUCAGCAACAGGCUGCACCUGAGGCUAGGAACAACACCAAACCAAAACAGGAGUCGUUUGAAUUCAAAGCACCACAAGGUCCUCCUCCCCAACCCCCCACACAAGUCUCAGUUCAGGAUUCAGAGUUCUACUCCGUGGACCUGGACCGAGACAACAAAGGCUUUGGCUUCAGCCUGCGGGGGGGCCGAGAAUACAACAUGGACCUGUACGUGCUGAGGUUAGCUGAGGACGGAGCGGCCGUCCGCAACGGAAAGAUGAGGGUCGGCGAUGAAAUCCUGGAGAUCAACGGCGAGAGCACUAAGGGGAUGAAGCACGCGCGAGCCAUCGAGCUCAUCAAGAGCGGAGGCCGGCGCGUCCAUCUGGUGCUCAAGAGGGGUGAUGGCUCUGUGCCCGAAUAUGGUGGGUCAAUCUACGAAAACAUUCCCUUCUCCCCCAUCUUCACGCCCUAAGACACCCGGUGGACGGUGGUGGGUCGAAAGGGGAAAGAACUUUAUCACCCUCCCAGGGCCCUUCACCCAUCCCUGGGACAAACCCACCAGGGAGGGGGGAGGGGUGCUUGGUCUUGGUUUCUCUCUCUGGUGGCGGUCACUACUGGGCUUUGGGAUUUGUUUUCAGGGAGGGGGGGAAAGCAGGGAUGGAGGCUGUUCCUCUGGGUGCUGUCGCCCCCUCCUGCUGUCACCUGCUCUCAGUUUCCAUGUCAUCCCGCUGUCACUUUUCACCUUCUGGCCACUGAGCAAAAGCACUCUGUUGGGACUUUUUCCGAAAGGUGGUGGGUGUGAUGUCAGUGCUACACGAAGACAGAAACUGUUUACAGAGUUUGAAUGAGCAGAGUUGUGAAAAUUCAGUGUUUUUUGUGAGAAAGAAAUGAUAUCGAGGACUGUAGUUCCUCAUUAAAGUUACCAUUAAAGAGGAAAGAUGAUCCAUUGCGUCUCAUCCUAAAAUGGGACAUCUCGCAGCUUUGGUUAGGACGUGACACAAGCGUAUUUAUGAUAUUUAUUGAAGGUGAAUGUAAGCUACUGAACUCUUUUGAGGGUUUUUUAAGUAAGAACUCUUAUUGAGAAGGAAAAAGGCGAUCCUGAUGCAUUUUGUUGCCAUUUUCAAAGAGCAUAAUCUCACUAUACUGUGCUUGACAUUAUUCACUUAUCCAUGGAUUUUAUUUGCACCCACUGUUAAUGUCAUUGAGAAGCUGUGACCAUAGGAACUCCACCCAUCCCUCAUUUAAAAGAGUCGCUCCAAUUAUAUAAACGUUUUUGUACAGUGAUGAAAAGAAUAGAGGCAUUUUUACAAGUAUUUUUGUUCCGUGUACAUAGCCUUGAUGGAAGCCACAUAUUAAUGGAUAAAGUCUAUUGCUGCAUGAACUUGUCAAAAGUGUAAAUUGGAUUUUUUUUUUUUUGUCCCCUCUGUCUAUUUUCCAUAAUAUUUAUGGAAUGGUCCUUUUUUUUAUCGUAUUGACCAGGUUUUAUUGAUAGUCACAAGUCAUCAUAAAUGCUUUCUUUUUGUUACCUUUUUCUAUGAGUGGAGAUACAUUUGCCUGUCUUGAAAAGUUUGUCAAUGUAAAUUUAUUUGCGCUACGAAUGUGCUGUCUUAACCUGCACCGAUAUGACAUCAUGUGAACUUGUAUAUUUUUGUUUGUACUUUUUAGUUGGCACAACCUUUGACAGUCUUGCCAGUAUUUCUAUUUUGAUUUCUGUCAGCAAUGUAAAACUGCUUCAUACGCUGUUGUUGUGGGUGUGAGUCUCACUGUCUUUAUUUCUUUGGGUUUCUGCUGCUUCUGUGUCCACAUGUUUAGGUGUGUAUGUGUGUGUGUGGGGGGGGGGGGGGAUCAGUGUGUCUGAGUUUGUGUGCGCUUGGGUCCAGGACUUUUUCUCUGUAACCGAUGGUUUCCACUGAAGGGUUUGGGCAAGUUUCUUGGACUGUCUCUUUAAUCUGAAUGACUCAAUGAUCAAAUAAACACUUUUUUUUUCAUUGAAAUCAACACAAUAAUUCUCCUUGUUCUUCCUUCAUGUUGGUUCCAAGCAAUCUAAACCCUCUGCUCUUCUCUUUCUUCCCGUUUUUUUUUUUUUUGUAUCCUCCUAUAUUGCGCUGGGCUCUUGUCUUCCUUCAGGGAUGGCCGUUCCCCAUCUCACUGCAUGUAUGAGAAAUGACAAGAUGGGGGAGGCCUCUGUCCUCCAAAAUCAGACCACGGUUUGUAACUGUCCUCGCCUGUCGUCCGGCUCUCCCUCCCACUUCCUGUCUUCCUUUCUCUCUGUCGCGCUGCUUCGCCAUCCCGAUAUCUGUGUGGUGUGGCCUCAACUCACCCAUGCCCAUGCUCUACUCCAUAAAUCCAUCCACCC